GACAAUUUCCGUUUGGUUUUUGCCACUUGGUAACAAUAAUGGGUCACAUUUCCGGAAAACAAUGCCCUAUGGUAUUGAUUAUUCGGCUGCUGUUACAGUUAUCAUCAACAGUAUCAGCUGAAUUGAGCCGUUCAAUGACACUCACCUAUUCGCCGCAAUCAAUUCAUGAUUUGGAAGAAUAUGGUUCAACUGAUGUCAAUGUUACGUUGAAAUUCCCGAAAAAUGAAUUUGAAACUGAAAAUAUUGAGCAUUAUGCGCUCAGUGUCAACUCAUUUCACCCGGAAACAGCGACAGCAGACUACAACACAGAAAAGCUAAAAACUGAGCAAUUUCGUCUAAACGGUCAAUUCUACGAAACUGAGACAAUUAUCACGAUAAAUGGAAAUCUUUUGGGAAAAACUGCGAUGAAAAUGCGUCUUGUACCCGCCGCCGAAUACUACAAUGAGACAAGAAGCCAAUUUGAGUGGAAAACUGAAAAAUUGAAUUCACCGAAAUUGGCUGAAAAUGAGCCGCUGCGUGGUGGUGGCGGCGAUUGGCUCGAUGUUUGGGUUGUUCGAUCGAAAGAAUCACGUCGGCUUACUGUAUAUUUCGUUAUUUCUGUAGUUGUGCUCAUCUCGAUGGCAAAUGUUAUGAUGGGUUGUGAGCUCGACAUUGACGCUGUGCUCGCCACGUUGAAAAAGCCAGUUGCUCCAGGAAUUGGGCUCUUUGCUCAAUUCAUCAUAAUGCCUCUGCUCUCAUAUCUCAUCGCCUACGCAAUAUUCAUGCCGCGUGGAUUAUAUUCAAUGGCUCUUGGGCUCUUUGUAACUGGAUGCUCCCCAGGCGGUGGAGCAUCGAAUUUCUGGACUUUAUUAUUGGAUGGAAACCUGAAUUUAUCAGUUACAAUGACAUUUAUAUCGACGAUUUGUUCGUUGGUUAUGAUGCCUGCGUGGUUGUAUUUCUUGGGACAUCCAUUCCUGCAGGGGUUCAAUUCAACGGCAGUGAUAAAGGUUCCAUAUGGAAAAAUUGCUAGUCAACUUGUCACCCUGAUUCUUCCACUUCUCAUCGGAAUAGCCAUCAAGAAGUUCAAGCCAACGUGGGCCGCAAAGGCCCGGAAGAUUAUGCGGCCAUUUGUGAUCUUCGUUAUGAUUUUUGUGGUGAUCUUCGGAUCGCUUACCAAUCUCUACAUGUUCCGAAUGCUCACCGGCCCGGCGUUGAUCGGAGGAUUGGCUCUCCCGUGGUGUGGCUUUAUGUUCGGCUGUUUCGCGGCUCUUUUAACAAAACGAAAGCCUGAAGAUGUGACUGCAAUUGCCGUAGAAACUGGAAUUCAGAAUACUGGAAUUGCGAUUCUCUUGUUAAAAGCAUCUUUUGGUCAACCGGAUGCUGAUAUUGGAUCACUUAUUCCUGUAAUUGUGGCUGCAUUCACUCCGGGACCACUUUUACUCGGCGCAGCUGUACAUUUGACAUUUAAAUGGAUGAGAAAUCGAAGGAAUAUGAAGUGUCCCGACACGGAUUCCAUCGAAAAACAAGGAGUUGAGCUCAUCGAUGCCUCAAAGCUCACGGAGCAACAAAAAUUGGGACUUCCCAAUAGUCAAUACGAAAGUCUAUUGGAUGGAGCAACAGUGGCGGCGGCUCAAUGAGCAGCAAAAAACACCCAAUUUCAGCUUUUUUAGUACAUUUUUAUAGAGAUUUUUAGUUUUUUUGCUUUAUUUUUGCCCCCGGCUGGUCCAUUAUUUUAUAAUUCUCACACACACACAUUUACAUAAUCAUUACAAUUUGGAGCAAAUUUGGAGCAUUUUUGGCUGAAAAUCCAGCAAAAAUUUGUAUUUUUCCUGUGAAAAAAUACUGAAAAUUCAGUUUUUCGGAGGAUUUUUUGGUUGAAAAUUUCAAUUUAUAUAGAGAAAUUAAAAAAUUUUUGCCAUUUUUUUCGGAUUUUAUGAAUUUUUAUUGAAAAUUGCAAUUUUUGUUUUUUGCAAAAAAUUGCAAUUUUUCUGUCAAAAUUUUCCGACUAAAAAUUCUAAAAAAUCUACGACUUUUUCACAAUUUUUUCCGAAGAUAAUUCGUUUUAAAAAUCUGAAAAAAAAGUAGAUUUUCAGUCGAAAUAACGUGAAAAUUGUCGAAUUUUUUAAUUUGAAAAUUUGAAUAAUUUCAGCGUUUUCUGAAAUUUUUUGCAAAAAAAAAUUCAGAAUUUUUUUGAAAAAUUCUCAAUUUUUUUUUUCUCGAAAAAUUGCUCUAAAUUGCUCCAAAACUCUCCCCCGCCGUUUUCUCUCCCGGCUGAUUUUUUAUUCAUUAGUUUACAUACAGGUGUCAGGUUUCCCCGUUUGAAUAAAAAUCCCAAAAUAUCGAUUUUCCCCACCAUUAUUUCUCUCUGAUAGACAUUUGAUUACUGAUAACGAUCUCAUUUUUCCUUUUUCUCGCGAAUUUUCUUUUUUUUGUUGUAAUAAAAGCUGAUUUU